AAUUUCUGUAUCUGCGAAGGGUACAGUGUGCCGCGCUGCCUCAUGUAUGAGAUUUAUAUGGAGACCUGUGGGCAAAAUGCUCAGAACCGAGUCAACCCAGCCACGUUUGGGAAGCUUGUACGCUUGGUUUUUCCUGAUCUUGGCACCCGGAGGCUAGGCACGAGAGGAAGUGCCAGGUAUUAUUAUAAUGGAAUCUGUAUCAAGAAAAGUUCUUUCUUCUAUGCCCAGUAUUGCUACCUUCUGGGUGAAAAAAGGUAUCACAGUGGAGACGUCGUUGCCUUUGAAAAAUCCACUAAUUUUAACAGCAUUAUCCAACAAGAAGAAACAUGUGAAAAUCAUUCACCGAUAAAGACAGACCCAGUCGGAUCACCUUUGUCUGAAUUCAGGAGAUGUCCAUUGUGGGAGCAAGAACUGGCAAAAAAGUACUCCUACAAAAUGAUGGCCUUUCUUGCUGAUGAAUACUGCAACUAUUGUCAAGACAUUUUGCAAAACGUGAAGAACCAAGAAUUUGAAAGGGUGGAGGAUUUGCUUACCUCCUUCUGGAAAUCUCUGCAGCAAGACACAGUCACGCUGAUGUCAUUGCCUGACAUGUGCCAGCUCUUUAAAUGCUAUGACCUACAGCUGUACAAGGGAAUUGAAGACCUUCUCCUUCAUGACUUUUUGGAAGAUGUUUCUAUUCAGUACCUGAAAUCUGUCCGGUUAUUUAGUAAGAAAUUUAGGCUGUGGCUCCUCAGUGCUCUGGAAGGUUUUCCAGCCCUCUUACAGAUCUCCAAACUCAAAGAAGUUACCGUGUUUGUCAAAAGACUAAGAAGAAAGACUUACCUUUCCAACAUGGCAAAGACUAUGAGAAUGGUCUUGGAAAAUAACCAGAGAGUCAGCAUCCUGAAGUCGGAUGUACACGCCAUCAUCAGUCAAGGCGCUCUGGGUAUUUCUAAGAAAGCCGUGCCAAGUGACCUGAGUAGCGUGGAUGACCUGGAGAGGAACUCGGAGAUGAAAUGUUUAAGCAGUUUAAUUUGUUUACUGGGGACGUCGACAGACCUCAGUGUAUUCCUGGAUUGUCUGUCUUCAAAUCUCCAAGUAUUUGUCUUCCAGCCAAGCAGAAGCAAAGAGGAGUUUAUCAAAUUGGCCGCCAGCUUCCAGCUAAGAUGGAAUUUCCUUCUCACCGCCGUGAGCAAAGCCAUGACGCUCUGCCGCAGAGACAGUUUCGGCUCCUGGCAUCUGUUUCAUUUGCUUCUUUUGGAAUAUGUGAUCCAUAUUCUUCAGUCAUGCAUAGAGGAGGAGGACGACGUGGGAAACCUCAAGGAAAUGCUCCCAGAUGACCAGUCUCUUGUCCAGCCAGACGAGGCACUCGUCCACCCUCCAGAUUCUUCACCAACACAGGACUGUGCAAGUCCGAGUGUGGAUCCACACUGGGUGACGCUGAAACGCAUGAGCCAGAGCCCAUGUCCCCUGGGUGUGAGCGGUGUGGUUCUCAGGGUCCUGGGCUUCCUGGUGGACACUGCCACAGGCAAUAAGCUCAUCCAGGUACUGUUGGAAGACAGGGCCACCGAGAGCACCGUCACACUCAGCCUUCCUGUGGGACAAGAGGCCCUCAUUACCCUGAAAGAUGGACAAAAAUUUGUGAUUCACAUAUCAGAUGUACCCCAAAGCUCUGAAAAUGUUUAUUUCAGGGAGAGCAAUGCUAAUAUGUAA